UUUUUGCAACUCUAUCACACGCCAUUUUCAUAAAAAAAAAAAACUGACGCUACGAAAAUCCAUUUAGGAAAUAUUUGUGAAAAAAGGAGUUUCGCUCCUGAAAAUCGUAAAGUUCUACUUGUUAAAAGACUGUUGCAACUGUUAAUUGAACAUGGACCGUGGCGGCUAUGGUGGUGGUGCCGGGCAGGGAUAUAAUAAUUUCGCUGUCCCCCCACCGAACUACCAACAACAGCCAAAUAAAACUGGUAACUACAACGAACCACCUCCAAACUACGGCAAGCAGGGCGGUGGUUAUGAUUCCGGUGGUCAUCGUGGCUCAUGGAACGACAGAGGCAACUCAUACGGAAAUGGAGGCGCCAGCAAGGACAGCUACAACAAAGGACCCAGCGGCGGCGGUGGAUACUCUGGCGGUGGUGGAGGGGGCGGCGGUUCCAGCAGCGGGGACAUGAUCACUCAAGAGGACACAAUCUUUGUCUCUGGCAUGGAUCCCAAUACCACUGAAAAUGAUAUUGAGACGCACUUCGGUGCCAUUGGCAUAAUCAAGAAGGACAAGCGCACCAUGAAGCCCAAAAUUUGGCUGUACAAGAAUAAGGAGACUGGCGCCUCUAAAGGCGAGGCAACGGUGACCUACGAUGACACCAAUGCUGCUCAGUCUGCCAUCGAAUGGUUCGAUGGCCGUGAUUUUAAUGGCUGCACGAUCAAGGUGUCACUGGCGCAGCGCCAAAACAACUGGAACAAGGGCGGCGGCGGUCGCGGCGGCUUCGGUGGAAGACGUGGCGGCGGCGGUGGUCCUGGUGGCGGCGGCGGCGGUGGCCGCUUUGAUCGCGGUGGCGGCGGCGGAGGAGGAGGUGGUGGCAAUCGCUUCGAUCGUGGCGGCGGUGGCGGAGGAGGUGGUGGCGGUGGAGGCGGCAAUGUUCAGCCCCGUGACGGCGACUGGAAGUGCAACAGCUGCAACAACACCAACUUUGCCUGGCGCAACGAGUGCAACCGGUGCAAGACUCCUAAGGGCGAUGAAGAUGGUUCCGGCGGCGGUGGUGGUGGCUACGGAGGCGGCGGCGGAGGAGGCUACGGCGGCGGCAUGAGUGAUCGUGGCAACGAUCGCGGAUCCGGCGGUGGCGGUGGAGGAUAUCAAAACAGAGACCGUGGAGGUAACUCUGGCGGUGGCGGUGGGGGCUACUCGCGCUACAACGACAACAACGGCGGAGGGGGUGGCGGUCGUGGCCGCGGAGGUGGCGGCGGCGGAGGUAACAGGCGCGAUGGCGGCGGACCCAUGCGCAACGACGGUGGCAUGCGCUCUAGGCCUUACUAACCAGCUGCGAUUGGUGGGCAGAACACAUUUUUUUCACAUUUACGUAUUAAUUGUAGCGAGUACUCUCUUUUAAUGUACUUUUAAAUUUACGUCAGAGCAAAAUCCAAAUGCCAGCGCAUAAUUACUUUCAACCGAUUUGUCGCCAAACACUCACACACACACACACACAUACAUGUAUGGCCCCGGUUAUCGCUCGUUUCGACCUAGAUAUACAAUUAUAUAUUUAUAUAUGUAAUCUAAUUUAACAAAUGUAACUAAUAUGAUACAUACAAAUAAAAACGUAUAUGUAAAACUCA